GGACUAUUUUAUCUGCGACGCCGCGUGUAACGCGAGCUGCUACAGGUGAGCUUGGCUUUCAUGUACUGCGGCGUUCAAGCAGGAGAAGGUCAUCAGCUUUUACUGCGGUAUUACAAGCGUCUCACUCAGUUAAGCCCGACAGAAAACCUAAAUAUGGUUCUGCUGCGACCAUACUGACGCGUGAAUAACACUGAAGGUGGCCACUGUCACCCCCACACGCGGCUCGUCCCUUUCAGGGGAUUUUGGGGGCAACUUUUCAAAGGGCUGUAGUUUUUGUGAAGCACCUUUAGUUGGAUAUGUCUCCUUCGCGGGCUGUAUUACUGGUGGGAGAAGGGAACUUCUCCUUUUCUGCCUCUGCCUGUCGGUUGUACUCCGGAUCAGAGACCAUCGUAACGGCCACCUGUCUGCAGAAUCAGGAGGAGGCACUGCGGCACGAAGGUGCAGCCAGUAACAUCCAGACUAUAAGGGAUUCAGGUGGGACCGUACUGUUUGAGGUGGACUGCACGAAGCUGGGGGAAUGUGCCUCUCUGCAGGGUCGUCUUUUUGACAGUGUGGUGUUUAACUUCCCCCACUGUGGGCGAAAGAGUGGGGUUAAAAAGAACAGAGAACUCCUCAAAAACUUCUUCCUCAGUUCCAUUCAAGUGUUGGCUGAAGGAGGGGAGGUUCACAUCUCCUUGUGCAACGGGCAAGGAGGGACACCAGCAGACCAGCCAAAGCGAGAGUGGCACAACAGCUGGCAGGUGGUUGCCAUGGCAGCGGAGGCAGAUUUAAUUCUGAGUGCCAUCCACCCUUUUGAAAGUGAUAAGCACCAGAGCUACAAGUGCACUGGAUACAGGAGCCAGGAUAAGGGCUUCCAUGUGGAGAAAGCUUUGGUCCAUGUGUUUACUCGCAGCCUCCCCUACACCCCUGCACAUUUACUGAAGGUGGAGGAGGUUGUUGAAGGGGAGAAAGUCCAGUACGAAAUACCAGCUGAGCUCAGUGAUUACAUAUUCAGGAGAUUUCUCUGCUCAGAUUCUGUCCACCCUGUCAAGCUGGCACAAGAUUUUCUUCUCGAAGGGCUGGCUGAGAAAUUGCCGGUCUCCAUGCUGACAGACACCAUUCCCUUCCUCCUCACUGCCAAACAGCUGCAGGCAUGCUGCUAUGGUAUCGAUAGUGCACAAUGCUACUGGAUCCACCUGCUUCAGAAAGACUCCACCUCUGACACUGAUAUUUGUGCAGACAAAGAAAAUGAUCAGAGACUCACAGAAUCUCUGCUGCCCACAUGUGUUACCGCAAAUAAAGUAGAAAGAGUGAGAAUCAAAGGAGCUGAGAGCUUAAGGUCAGCAUGCUCUCUUGAUGUUGAUCCUGAAGGGGACAGUGGUAUGCAUAUGCUACGUCCAUCACUGCUCCCUCAGAUGGAAGAAGUUCUAACUAAAAAAGAGGAGAUGAUUAAUGCAGAUGGUCAUGGGGAGUGUGAGGGGAGUGAUGAAAGUGAAGGAAAUAAGAAGGAUGAGGCCUGUGGGAGCUGUAAUGGUGUCUCCAGCCUGUUAUAUGGCAUUAGUGGUGUGGUUUUCAGAAAUAUACCCAUCAGAACCUGGGCUAUGCCUGCCUUUCACGAGCUUCUCAUCCGAGGUGUUUUUCCUUCAGAAAGUGAGCCAGUUAAAUUGCUUGAAGAAAAGCUGGAAAUGCUCCUUGCUCCUUAUGGCGUUUCCUUAGUAACAGAACAGGGAGGUCUGCGUCUGACGGCGCAGCCAAUGGGUUUGGUUGGUAAGGUGUUGGCAAGCAAUGUAAGCGACAAUAAUCAUGUCCGCGUCACCGUGUCCCUGAAUUUGGACCUACUCGCCGUGCUCCUGUUCUCGCUCCCCGACUGGAGGCUGCUAUGGUCACAUGACCGACGUCUCUUAAAGGAGUUUGCAUCCCACCCACCGCCAGGAACUCCGUUUCGCCCUUUUUCCCUGUACCCCGAACCCUUCAGCUUCGAUAUCAGCUUCUGGACUGGGCCGACAUGGGAGGAGAAGAAGUUCCACGCCGUGGUCCGAGAGGCAAGCUGUGGGACGGUGGAGCAAGUUAAACUCAUUGACACAUUCUCACAUCCUGACCUGAGUCAGACCAGUUACUGCUACAGACUCAUCUAUCACUCACACACACAUGCUCUGUCACACACGCGAGCCCUCCAGUUUCACAAACACUUGGAGAAUCUGCUUUCCUCUCUGUUGCAAGUGACCAUCAGGUAACCAUCACCUGAAACUCAGGGAGGAACAGUGUUUUAAACUCUUACCUUUAAGAGGCAUUAUCUGUUUAUAUAUCUGCAUAGAAAAUUAUAAAUGUGUAAGCUGCAGCUGAACAGUGUUUACAGUAGUUGAGGUGUUGUUUGCUGUACUGUGUCUGAAUUGUGAUUUGAAUUCUGUGUUUGUUUGUGUUUCAAUGAAACAAUAAACCUGUUAUUUAACAUAAAUUUGUGGGCUCGGGAAUUCCUGUAAAAUAGUAAAAGGCACAUGUAGUGCACUAUGGAGCAACAACACAACACUGACAGAAAGUAAGCAUAUAUAUAAAUAACAGCACCACUGUUUGUACAUAUUGAUACUAAUUGUUUAGCAUGACAGGAAAUGUGUAGGCUUGCUAACCCACAUUCUCUUAAAGAGAUUUUAAUUCAUUAGAUAAUUAAAGCUGUAUCAGAUCUAUUCUCCUGCAUAUGUGUUGAGAGCAAGGUUAGAUUUAACCUUGUGUAGAAGUGAAAAAUAAAGUCUAAAGGCUAGUCUAACUGAAACAAUACAGAGUAGUCACAAAAGCAAGAAAAAGAAAAAUAUACAGGAAAUGGAAAUGUAAUUUUUCUGUCUUUGUUGGUUUUGUCAAACAUUCCUGGUCAACAUU